GCGAGGGUUGCGUUUGUUUGUGUAGAUUCUGGACUGUAGAAGAAGGGAAGAGACGAAGCUAAAAGAUUUUCGGUUGUUUUUCCUUUUUCUUGUUUCUGUGAUGUGAAAGAGUUUGUGCGUGUGUGUUUUUUGAGAGAUCUGAGAGUGCGAGGAAAAAGUAAUGGCAUCAACAGAGGAAUUGAUGAACAGAAAAGUGGAAACCAACAACAACAAUGGUGGAAUGAACGCAGCAGAGGCUCAAAACGCUUCUUCUUCUUCUUCAUCGUCAUCAGCUAGAGACGCGGAAGCUGCGCUUUACAAGGAGCUAUGGCACGCAUGUGCAGGUCCCCUUGUGACAGUGCCGAAAGAAGGAGAGCUCGUCUUCUAUUUCCCUCAAGGACAUAUUGAGCAGGUGGAGGCGUCCACGAAUCAGGUUGCGGAGCAGCAUAUGCCGGUUUACGAUCUCCCGUCCAAGAUCCUUUGUCGCGUCAUCAACGUCAUGCUCAAGGCGGAGCCGGACACGGAUGAGGUGUUUGCUCAAUUGACUUUACUUCCGGAGCCAAAUCAAGAUGAGAAUGCCGUGGAGAAAGCGAUUCCGCCAGCUCCGCCGCCACGAUUUCACGUGCAUUCGUUUUGCAAGACUCUAACGGCAUCCGACACUAGUACUCAUGGUGGAUUUUCAGUGUUGAGACGACACGCUGACGAGUGUCUUCCUCCCUUGGACAUGUCAAAGCAGCCACCCACCCAGGAACUGGUGGCCAAGGAUCUCCAUGGAAAUGAGUGGCGAUUCAGGCAUAUCUUUCGCGGUCAACCGCGCAGACACUUACUACAAAGUGGUUGGAGUGUUUUUGUCAGCUCCAAGAGGCUGGUUGCUGGGGAUGCAUUUAUAUUUCUGAGAGGUGAGAAUGGGGAACUUCGAGUUGGUGUCAGGCGCGCAAUGAGACAGCAGGGUAAUGUUCCAUCAUCAGUUAUCUCUAGCCACAGCAUGCAUCUUGGUGUGCUUGCAACUGCAUGGCAUGCCAUCUUGACCGGGACCAUGUUCACUGUUUAUUACAAGCCGAGGACCAGUCCAGCUGAAUUCAUUGUACCAUAUGAUCAGUAUAUGGAGUCUCUUAAAAACAAUUAUACUAUAGGAUUGCGGUUCAAAAUGAGGUUUGAAGGUGAAGAGGCUCCUGAGCAAAGGUUCACUGGUACUAUUGUUGGGAUUGAAGAUGCCGACUCCAAGAGGUGGCCAGAAUCCAAAUGGAGAAGUCUAAAGGUGAGAUGGGACGAAACAUCUACCAUACCUCGUCCUGAGAGAGUUUCCCCUUGGAAAAUAGAGCCUGCUCUUGCUCCGCCAGCUCUAAACCCUCUUCCAAUGCCCAGGCCUAAAAGGCCUCGUUCGAAUGCCAUUCCAUCAUCCCCAGAUUCUUCUGUUCUUACUCGUGAAGCAUCAUCUAAAGCGAGCGUAGACCCUUUACCACCAAGCGGAUUUCCAAGGGUCUUGCAAGGUCAAGAAUUCUCGACCUUGCGGGGCAACUUUGCAGAAAGUAAUGAGUCGGAUACUGCUGAGAAGUCUGUCGUGUGGCCACCAGCAGUAGAUGAUGAGAAGAUUGAUGUUGUUUCUACUUCUAGACGGUAUGGGCCAGAGAGCUGGAUGUCAAUGGGGAGGCAUGAGCUGCCAUACUCGGAUCUUCUUUCAGGCUUUGGAGCCAAUGGAGAUCCUUCUUCCCGGUCAUCCUUGAUUGAUCAGUCUGAUUCUGUUGCUAACCCUGGUAGAAAGCAUUUAUUAGAUCGUGAAGGCAAAACUAAUGUGCCAAGUAGCAGUCCAUGGUCUGUAAUACCUUCUAGUUUAUCACUCAACCUCUUGGAGCCUAAUGCAAAAGUUUCUGCCCAAGGUGGUGAUGCAGCUUACCAAAUUCGAGGGAACUUGAGGUAUGGUGCAUUUGGUGAAUACCCUGUGCUUCAUGGUCAUAAAGUUGAGAAUUCACAUGGAAACUUGUCAAUGCCACCACCACCUCUUGCUCAAUAUGAGAGUCCUCGUUCCAAGGAACUGCUGCGUAAACCGAAAUCAGCGAAAACCUCUGAUGUUGCAAGACCCAAAGAUGGUGACUGCAAACUAUUUGGCAUCUCACUUCUCAGUAGCCCACCUGCACCAGAGACUCCUACAUCACAAAGAAAUGUUGCAAGUGAGACAGUGAGUCACACGUACCCCACACACCAGCAUCGUACAUUUGAAAAUGAACAGAAGUCUGAAAAUUCAAUGGGCUCUAAAGCAACAGAUGGUCUAGCUGUAGUCGAUGAGCUGCAUCUGAGAGAUGUUCAACCCAAACCACAUAGUGGUUCUGCUAGGAGUUGCACUAAAGUUCACAAGAAGGGGAUUGCCCUUGGUAGGUCAGUGGAUCUUACGAAAUUCAGUGGCUAUGGUGAAUUAAUUGCUGAAUUGGAUCAGUUGUUUGAAUUUGGGGGUGAACUGAUAUCUGCCAAAAAGGACUGGCUUACUGUAUACACUGACAAUGAGGGCGACAUGAUGCUUGUUGGUGAUGAUCCAUGGCAGGAGUUUUGUGCAAUGGUACGUAAAAUUUACAUCUAUCCCAGAGAGGAGAUCCAGAAAAUGAGCCCUGGUACUUUAAGUUCAAAAAACGAAGAGAACCAGUUGGCUAGUGAAGGUGUUGAUGCACAAGAAAUCAGAUGCCAGCAGCAUCACCCAACUUCAACGCCUGAUCAUUCAUAGAUUUGUUUCCUGUAGCUUCCAGAUUCCGGACUGGAGUGGAUAUAUAGUAUGGGACGACUGUUAGAAGCCAUCCAGUUGGAGAAUAUGACCAUAUGAAGAAAUUUCCAAUUCUGAACUUGACUGCUUCUGAAGUACACGCAUGUAUUUGGAAUCAGAAUAUGGAUGGCAUGAACGGAUAUCCAUCCAAUUUUGGACCAUGUCGUGGAAUGAGUAGUAUUAGUAUAUAUGCAUUUCUAGUAAUAGGCUUAUGUCUUGAUCAAGGUGAUAUGGUGGGUUAUGUUGGCCUUGCAUUUUUCAACAAUCCUGCCGUGUACAUAGUUAUUCUACCGUAUCCUUAGAACCCCAACCCAUUAAUUAAUGUAACUAUGUUUCAUAUACAAGGGCGGUUUAUCUGAUUGUUAAA